CGAGGAUCGGAACAGGCGUGUGACCGCAGUAACGACAGCGAUGCGGCUUCUGCUAAUCGCAAGCGCGGUCGGACUGUCUCAGCAGCUCGGCGCCGUGCCUGCGAGCACGGCACGCGUCCAGAGGAGCAGGAGCGCGGCGCCACGCGCUGUCGAGGCUCACCGCGGUGCGCUCCGCUCGCGUCUCGUUGGCAUCGGCUCGGCUGCGCCGGACACCGUCGUGACCAACGAGCAGCUCUCGUCUGUGGUCGAGACUUCGGACGACUGGAUCUCCCAGCGGACGGGCAUCCGGCAGCGCCACCUGCUCGCGCCCGGCGAGGGCCUCUCCACGCUCGCGGCGCGGGCGGCGCAAAAAGCGCUCGAGAGCAGCGGCGUGGACGCGGCCUCGGUGGAGCUGGUGGUGCUGGCGACCUCGAGCCCGGACGACCUGUUUGGCGACGCCGCGCACGUCGCGCGCGAGGUUGGCGCCACCGGCGCCGUCGCCUUCGACCUCACCGCUGCGUGCUCCGGUUUCCUCUUCGGCGUCACCACCGCGUCGCAGUUCCUGCACACUGGCGCGUAUAAGACGGCGCUCGUCAUCGGCGCCGACGCUCUCUCCCGCUGGGUGGACUGGAGCGAUCGCAACACGUGCGUCUUGUUUGGCGACGGCGCCGGUGCAGUCGUGCUGCAGGCCGCCGUCGACGGCGAGGGAGAGGAAGGCGUGCUCGGCUUCGCGCUGCACUCGAACGGCGCCGGACGGCCCGACCUCUGCCUCGGGUACGCCGGUGCAGAGCGGCCGCUCGCGUCGGUCGCGUCCGUCACCACGGGGACGUACGCGCCCAUCUCGAUGGUCGGCAAGGAGGUGUACAAGUUUGCAACCUCGCGCGUGCCCGAGGUGGACUGGCUGCUACUGCACCAGGCCAACAUCCGCAUCAUGGAGACGGUGGCGAAGAAGCUCAAGAUCCCGAUGAGCAAGGUGAUCAACAACCUCGACGAGUACGGAAACACCUCGGCGGGCUCCAUCCCGCUCGCGCUCGACGCGGCCGUCCGCGCCGGCAAGGUGAAGAAGGGCGACGUCAUCGCCAUGGCGGGGUUUGGCGCCGGCCUCUCCUGGGGGUCUGCCGUGGUGCGAUGGGGCUGA